AUGACACUCUCCACGGUCAACGCGCAGUUCAUACCACCCCAAAUAAUCGCGAGACCGUCGCCGUGCUCGUGCGACGUCAGCUACAACGACGUUUCUAAUUGCAACAGUCUUAAUGUUACCGUCAAUUCGACAAAAAACUAUCCCUACCUUAACAAUCUGAUGUGUCAUGUCCUGGCUUACAAGGAAGACAUGAAGUUCUUCAGUUACUUAUCAGCUCCAGCGUUGAUUGACAGCUCCAAGGACACAAUCAUCUGCCCAGUAAAUACUUCUCAAUUUUUCCCGACGACAAACCUCACCAACAAUUCCUGCGACGCUAUUUCACAGCUACCAAAGCAUCAUUCCUACAUUGUGUACAAUAAUAAUACGUUUGAUGUAUGGUACAACUUGAACUCUACAUGCCAUAAUAGCACCUGCUCUUAUAACGGUUAUUGCCUGACCAACUCAACUUGUUGUGGAUCUGGAGUCGUAUCAGUCAUGACGGCCACAAUGCGAUACUUCAUGAGUACGUGUUAA